AGCAACGCAGCUUGUGCUUCGGCCCUGGGCCAGCUGGGGUCGCUGCGGCGGCCCCUCCGCCGCUCCGUACAAAUCGCCACUAGCCCCGGAGGCCGCUUCCUGUUUGUCCGAGGAGGAGCCAUGGCGGCGGCGGCUGUUCCCGGGGCCGGCCGAGAGCGGCGGGCGGCGGCCUGGGGCUGGGGAGGCCGGCCGUGCUCCGGGAACAUCUUGGAUCAACUCCGGCAGGGCCAGGUGACGGGCCAGGGCCUGGCCCGGGGCGCGCAGAUCACAGAGGCUUUUCUGAAAGAAAGAGACAAACAAGCCAAAUGGAAUGGGAUCCCUCUGUUACUUCAAAAACUCUAUGUGAACAGCCAACCCAACAGCGAUUUUUCUAAGUGCCAAAGCAUCCUCAAGGAAAUCUCUCCACUGCUCUCAAUGGAAGCUAUGGUGUUUGUUACAGAAGAAAGAAAAUUUUCCCAAGAAUCCACCUUCCCCAACACGUACACUUUUGAUUUGUUUGGAGGCGUAGAUCUCCUUGUGGAAAUUCUUAUGAGACCUACACUUACUACUCAGAAAAAGAAACAGAAAAUAAGUGACGAUCUGACCAAGGACUGUUUAAGUAUCUUGUAUAAUACGUGUAUUUGUACUGAUGGAGUUACAAAACGUCUGGCAGAAAGAAAUGACUUUGUCCUCUUCUUGUUUACACUGAUGACAAAUAGGAAGACAUUUUUACAAACAGCAACCCUCAUUGAAGACAUUCUGGGUGUUAAAAAGGAGAUGAUCCGGUUAGAGGACAUUCCCAACCUUGCUACUUUAGUCUCCAGUUUCGAUCAGCAGCAGCUGGCUAAUUUCUGCAGAAUCCUGGCUGUCACAAUAUCAGAGCUUGAUACUGGAAGUGAUGACAAACAUACACUUCUUGCCAAAAAUGCCCAUCAGAAGAAAAACCUUGGUCCUACCUGUGCUGAAAUCAACCAAGCGACUCUCCUGAAUAUUCCAGGUUUUAUUGAACGCCUCUGCAAACUGGCAACGAGAAAAGUGUCUGAAAGCACAGGCACCUCCAGUUUCUUGCAGGAGCUAGAGGAAUGGUACACGUGGCUGGAUAAUGCCCUGGUGUUGGAUGCACUGAUGCGUGUAGCUAACGAAGAGCCUGAGCAUAGCAGCCCAGAUUCUUCAGAUGAGAGUGGUGUGGCAAACACUUCCUCAAGGACCCAGUUACCCCAGUCAAUGAAGAUCAUGCACGAGAUCAUGUACAAACUGGAGGUGCUCUAUGUCCUGUGUGUGCUACUGAUGGGCCGACAGCGGAAUCAGGUUCAUAAAAUGAUAGCAGAAUUCAAACUGAUCCCUGGACUUAAUAAUCUGUUUGACAAGUUGAUAUGGAGGAAGCAUUCAACAUCUACCCUUGUUCUACAUGGACAUAACCAGAACUGUGACUGUAGCCCGGACAUCACCUUAAAGAUACAGUUUUUGAGACUUCUCCAAAGUUUUAGUGAUCACCAUGAGAACAAGUAUCUGCUGUUAAAUAGCCAAGAACUGAAUGAGCUCAGUGCAAUCUCUCUCAAGGCCAAUAUCCCAGAGGUGGAUGCAGUUGUCAACACAGACAGGAGUUUGGUCUGUGAUGGAAAAAGAGGCUUGUUAACUCGAUUGCUGCAGGUCAUGAAGAAAGAGCCAACUGAGUCCUCCUUCAGGUUUUGGCAAGCGAGGGCUGUGGAAAGUUUCCUCCGAGGGGCCACUUCAUACGCUGAUCAGAUGUUCCUGCUGAAGAGGGGCCUUUUAGAGCAUAUUCUAUAUUGCAUUGUGGACAGCGAGUGUAAAUCCAGGGAUGUACUUCAGAGUUACUUUGAUCUCCUGGGUGAACUGAUGAAAUUCAACAUUGACGCCUUCAAGAGAUUCAAUAAAUAUAUCAACACAGAUGAGAAGUUCCAGGUUUUCCUGAACCAAAUCAAUAGCUCAUUGGUGGAUUCCAACAUGCUGGUUCGAUGCAUCACACUCUCUCUCGACCGAUUUGAAAGCCAGUCGGACAUGAAAGUUGUACACGUUUUGUCCGAGUGCCGCCUGCUGUCCUACAUGUACCAGAUGAACAACAGAACGACUUUCCUCUUCCGUCUCAUUAACAUUAUUCAUGUGCAGACUUUAACACAGGAGAACGUCAGUUGCCUGAAUACCAGUCUGGUGAUCCUGAUGCUUGCUCGGAGGAAAGACAAACUGCCUGGGUACCUGAAUGCCCUCCAGAAGAUGGAGUAUGAUGAGAAAUACCCUGGCUUCAUCCUCAACAACUUUCACAGCCUCCUGCGUUUCUGGCAGCAGCACUACCUCCAUAAGGACAAGGAUAGCACCUGCUUAGAGAAUGUAGGAGUGCGGGGAAGCCCAGAGGGGAGCUCCUGUAUUAGUUUUACCUACUGGAAAGAGACUGUGUCCAUCCUGCUAAGUCCCGACCGGACGUCACCCUGUGCCCUGGUCAGCUAUAUCGAGGAGCCCUAUAUGGACAUAGACAGAAACUUCACAGAGGAGUGACCUGCCAGGGCCAAGCCUCUGAGGACAUCUUGCAGACAGUGGUGAUUCAGGGAUUACAGUGUGGUGUGUGUGCACUUCUCCAUUUGGAUCCAUGGACCGUGUGGGCCCCCUUCUUCACCCCUGCCCUCUAUUGCUACUCCCCCCCUCCACCCCUGCUCCCAUUGUUCCUGGGAUGGGACAUUUCAGGGACUUCUGGUUUCAAGGAGAAACCUUUUCCCAGAAGAGACAGUGUGCUAUUUUCUCUCCCUGGGGGAGGCGGGGCUCACUGAGAGCUCUUUCCUUCUUUCCUGCCUCUCUGUCCCUAAUCCCUCACAAGUGAAGCUUUUCCUGACCAGUACCACCAGGCCCUCUGUUUGGGUGCCAGUUCUGAGGCCAUGUCUGUGCUGCAGGCUUCUGGCCUGGGUCACUGAUUCAUGAACUCAGAUAUUUCCUGAGCAAGGGCUGUAGGUGGACUCAUUAUUUCCCCUCUCCCCCUUGUUCCUGAGACCUGGUACCGAAUUUGAGGGUCUCCAUCUUUUUAUCUGGUGUUCCCUCCUGCCCUCUCAUCAUUUUUCUCCCCCGUGGAGAUUUCCUUUUCCCUAAAGCACUGGACAGGAGCUUCAGACCAUUGCUUAGAUGUUGUUCACUGCCCCCACCUGUGGCCGAGUGGAACUUAAAAUCUUCAUAUCUCAGACAUUUGCUCAGCGCUUUUCUGUGGUACCUCCUUCCACCUUGCCAUUACAGUCCUUCAUACAAGGGGAGUGGGGCUGGAGAGAGGGGGAGAGGAUAUACUGGUCACUCCAACAAUUGGGAUACUUAGCCUUCUGUGGAGCCAGGGAGAGGCCAGAAGGAAGUGGUAGGAAGCUCCACACAAAGUGUCCACUUUUUAAAGGUAUGUUGUCCCUCAUUCUCUGGUAAGGUGGCCCAGUUCUGCUGAAGAGCACAGAGAAAGGAGUCCAGGGAAUCUUCAGCCCUCUGGGCCCAUCUUGUGGGAUCUCACCUUGGGUAGCCCAGGACCAGUCCAACCCAUUGGCCAGCAUGCCCACGCUGAGUUCUCAGGCUUCCUUCCCAGGCCGAGUCUGAGGAUGAGAGUCAGCUGACUCCCAUUGAUUUCUUGUUUAUUUGAUCUCUCUCUCCUACUGUCUUAUCUUCCUUUUUCAUUUUGCCCCUUUUAACCAACAGGCUGCUUAUAAAAAGAUGUGUUGUGCUUCUGACCUGCCCUUUUGCCUCCCUGCUUAACCCUCAGACAGUCUGAGUCUCUUUUCCUUCCCACACUGGAUGCAAGGAAGCUGGCCCCAGCAGGGUGGGAAAACUUCCCCAGGUAGGGCCAGGUCCCAAUGCCCAUCCCCCCUGGAGCUCUGCUAGCAGCUCUGGAAAGGAAAACGUUUGGCUUCUUUAAAUCUAAAUGGCAUGGAACUGGAUCCUUUGACUGGCUCCAGGGGUGACUCAGUCUCUCCCCUGAGGGACUUUUCCCUGACUCCCCCCAUCCCCACACACAGAUCAGCUCUCCCUGGGAAAGUCUUCCCCUCCCGGAGGAGGAGGAUUGCACCACAAUAUUGCCAAUUUAUUAACAGCAAAUAAACUGAUUAUUAGAUGGAGAGUAUUAAAGUAUUUUAAGUGAGGGGUGUGGACCUGACCUUUGUUUGGGUGGCCAAUGCUAGGGACUGGGAGCCUAGAGAGCCUAGAGAUGGGCUCUGGGCCCAGUUUUCUUCCCUUCCUGCUGUCUGCCCAGGGGCCUGAGCCUAACUCUCAGGUCCUUCAUUCCCCUUAGCCCCCGAAGGGUUUCUCCCCUUCUCCCUCUCCCAGUAAGAGAAACAAGAAGCAGGCUGAAUUAAAAGAAGUUGCCUUUAUUUGGGAAACUAGAAGGGCUUGGAGAAGGAAUUACAGUAAGUGAUGGGAUUGGAGGUCCUAGGAAUAGCAGUGAGCAAUGAGACAGGACUCUUUGGAGCUGUUGCAGCAACCAUUCCUCUUCAGAGCUUGGGCCCCUGAGGGCCUGGGGGGCUUCUAUGGCUUCAUUCUUUCUGCUGAGGAAUGGUGGAGACAUCUCAAUUCGCCACCCAUGCCCACUUCUUCCCUCCCUGCCAUCCACCCAUUCACAGGCACAGACAGCCCUGCAAAGGCCUUCUGAAUUUGCUUUACCCCUCCUCUUGAGGGACUUCUUUCUGUUCUCCACCUCGCACUUUGGGGCGUAAGUUAUCAGCCUUCUAUUCCCAGCUCCUCACCUUAGGGGUCAGGGCAUCCCGAGUGCGAGCUCGAAGCUUGUUGACCUGGGUUUCUGCGAUGUCUGCCCGUUCCUCUGCAUCAUCAAGCUCGUGCUGAGCCUUCCGAUACUUCACCAGGUUGGAGUUGGCCUGUUGCUCCUGGGAAGGAGGAGUCCCACAGAGGAUAUCAGUUAACAAGCGUUAUGUUAAAUGCCUACCGUGUAGGAUUAUGCACAAAUAGUUGUACAUGGAUGUUUGGGCCAAGUCACACUUCUCUUAGUCUCAGUUUCCACCUCUAUAAAAUGGGAAAAGUAAUGCCCAGCACACAGCCACAUGUGUGUUUGCGCGCACACACUCACUGCCUCCUCAAACUGGCGUUUAUAGCUCUUGACUUUGCUCUGUAGCUUCUCAAUGAGAUCCUGCAUCCGGGCCAGGUUCUUCCUGUCUUCCUCAGCCUGGGGAAGAGGGACAGCAGGGAUCCCUUAGGGCCACAGAAUCCUCUUGAAGCCCUAGAGGCUCUCUCUAUAUCCAGCUCGGCAGUCCCCAAUCCAGGUCCCACUGACCUGAUAAGUGAGCUCCUUCACUCGGCGCUCGUGUUUUCGAAUGCCCUUCUGGGCCUCCACAUUCUUCUUCUGUUCCCCAUCCAGCUCCAGCUCCAAUUCACGGACCUGAAGAACAGUGGGGAGAUGAGCCUAGGAGUGUGGCUUUGGGGUGGUUGGGAGAGGAUAUUGGUACAGUGGGAAGAGCACUAAUUGAAAUAGGAGGACCUGAGUUCAAAUACUGCUUCUGAUACUACCUGUGUGACCUUGGGCAAAUUACUUAACUUCCUGGGCCUCGAUUUCUUCAUCUAUAAAAUGAGGGACUUGCUCUAGGUAGCCCCUGAAGUCCCUUCUAGUUAUACAUCUCUGAUCUCCCAAGAACCAGGGGAGCAUAAUCAUGCUGAGGAGAGAUGGGGGUGGAAGAGAAAGAGCCUGAGGAAAUGGAUAGGAACCCAAAAAGGAAUCCAGGAGGGUUGGGAGGUGGUGAGAAAUCUGGGGUCUGAAGCCAAGGAAAAAUCUUUGGGGGUGGGUGAAAAGGUCAGAAAUGCCCAGAAGGGAUCUAGACCUGCAGAGCUGGGAAGCAUCUCAGAAUCUUGGAGGUCACAUCUUUUUGGGGGCACUUAAAAGUUCUUCCCCAGGAAACAGUGGGAUACCUGAUGGGUCCCCUAGGAGAGAAGAGCCUGCUCUCCCCAGGGGGUGAGAACAGGUGCUGUUUGGGCCACCCUGGAUGUUGAAUGUGUAGGAUCAGUUUAGUGAGCCCCUCCUGUGGCGUGUGGUAAACAAGGCCUUGGGGAAGAAUGGAGAUUCCUGCUACAAGGUGGGCUGUUUUUAUUCCCUACCCUGGAAAGAGUUGGGAGGAAGGCCAGGAGGAUCUAUGAGGGCGUCUGGGUGAAUGAGAGCAAGCCCCAAAGUACCAGUGGGCCCAGAAGUGCUGGGUAUGGGGGACACACUAGGGAGGGACUGACCUUGGCUUCCAACUUCUGGACCUGCUUCUUGCCGCCCCUGAGGGCCACCUGCUCGGCCUCAUCCAGCCGAACCUGGAGCUCCCUCACUGUCUGCUCCAGUGUCUUUUUCAUUCGCUCCAAGUGGGCACUGGUAUCCUGUUCCUUUUUCAGCUCCUCAGCCAUCAUGGCUGCCUGAAAGGGAGAGUGAGGCAGACUCUCGGGAGUCAUGGUUCUAGUUUUCCUCCCCCUCACAUACCCUGCAGUCCAGUGACGCUGGCACGAAACUCCAUCUUCAGGCUGGCCCUUUUAACUGGCUGCUCCCCAUGCCUGCAAUGCUCUCCCUCAUCUCUGCCUCCUGGCUUUCUUGGCUUCCCUCAAGUCCCAGCUGAAAUCCCACCUUCCUCAGGAAGCCUUUCCUGAUUUCUCCUAAUGCUAAUGACUUCCCCCGUUGAUUAUUUCCAAUUAUGCCGUACGUGUUUGUACAUGGUUGUUUGCAUGUCGUCUCCCCUGUAAGACUGUGAGCUCCUUGAGAGCAGGGACUUACUUGCCUUUGUAUCCCCAGAGAUCAGCACAGUGCCUGGCACAUGAUAGGCAUUAAUAAAUGUUUAUUGACUGAC